UAUUUGUGUAAGGAGAUAUUAUUGGUUUCUAAUUUUUGAUUAGAAAAUUAGCUCUAUUUUUAGCUUUGUUGGCAUGUUUCUGAACUCGUGCCAGCCCAGGACUAUUGUGUGUCGACAGCUUCUCCUAGUGGCUAUCAGGUGUUCUUUUAGAGAGGUGGGCUGGUCUUUAAGACAUUAAGCUCUUGGUUUCAAGAAAAAAUGUUGAAAGGCUUCAGCCACUCCCAACCACAAUUGUCUCUUUAACAUUUUAUUUAAUUUGCAAACUUUUAAAGAAUGAAGAAUUGAAAGCUACGAGUUGGAAAAGGAUUUUCCAAAUCUUCUCUGAAAGAAAAGAAGGGAGCUUUAUUUUUUCUUUCCUGCAGAUGUAGAUUCAUUGCUGCUAACAAUGUUUCUAAAAAUCAUCUUCGCACUUCUGUUGUCUGGAACGGCAAACAAUGCUCAGGAUGUAUUAAGAGGACCAAGACCAAUCACACCAACAUCAGCACCAGAAUGUUCAAAAACAAUAAGCUGCCCUGUAAGCCUCCAAUUUGUCAUUGACACCUCAGAGAGUAUCGCACUGCAUUACCUUCCACCAGGAGGUCUUGUAAAACAAGUUUUGAAUUUUACAAGGAUUUUUGUGGAAAAACUUUCAUCUGCAAAAUACAAGGGUGCUAUCGACAUCACCUGGGAGAUGGGGGGUUUGCACUUCUCAGACAGAGUGGAACACUUUAGCAGUGUUACCAGUAACCAGAAGGAGUUUAUUGAUCGGCUUCUAAAAAUCCAGUAUAUUGGGAAAGGAACAUUCACGGAUUGUGCACUGGCAAAUAUGACUGCUGCAUUGGCAACACAAGCUUCAAAGAACACACGGGUCCGCUUUGCAGUUGUAAUCACUGAUGGACAUGUUACGGGAAGUCCAUGUGGUGGGAUAAAAGUCACAGCAGAGAGAGCUAGAGAUGCUGGAAUUAAGCUCUUUGCAGUUGCUCCAACUUCUUCUACAUACGAAUCUGGCUUGAAGGAAAUAGCAAAUAACCCCUCAGAACUGUUCCGUAACCACUAUCAAGCAGUUAAUGAAAAUCUUUUAGCAAAUACUAAAAUUAUUGACAGAAUUAUCCAAAUCAUGCAACAAGAAGCCUAUUCUGAGUGUUACAAAGUCACAUGUGUGGAAUACAAUGGACCACCCGGUCCAAAGGGCUUUUUGGGACAAAAGGGUGCCAAAGGAGAUAUUGGUAAUCCAGGCCCACCUGGUGAGAAAGGAAAACAAGGUGAUCCAGGAAUAGAAGGCCCCAUUGGAUAUCCUGGUCCAAAGGGUUUUCCUGGAUUGAAGGGUGACAAGGGUGAAAGAGGGGCUCAAGGAAAAAAGGGGGACGAAGGGCUAUCUGGUCGCAAUGGAACUGACGGACAAAAGGGUAGACUGGGACGGAUAGGGCCUCCAGGCUGCAAAGGAAGUUCUGGUGAUAAGGGACCACCAGGAUAUCCUGGUGAAAUCGGUGAAAGGGGACAAGCCGGAGAUCCUGGAUCUAAGGGAGACCCUGGUCGGUCAGGCAGAACAGGACUUCCAGGACCACCAGGAGAUGUGGGUCAGAAGGGAAUUAGAGGAACAUCUGGUCUCUCUGGAAUUCCUGGGCCUAAAGGAGUGAAGGGAGAAAGAGGAGGAUCGGGUCCCAAAGGAGAACCGGGGCGAAGAGGUGACCCUGGACCAAAGGGACUACCAGGAUUAAAUGGUGCCAAAGGAGAGAAGGGUGAUUCUGGUCUAGAUGGUCAGAGGGGCCUUCCUGGAGAUGCAGGAAACAAAGGUUCUAAGGGUAACAGAGGACUUCCAGGUCCCAGAGGCCCAGUGGGGCUGCCAGGGGAUUCUGGCAGUAAGGGAUCUCAAGGUGAUCCAGGUUAUGUCGGUGAACGGGGAGACCCUGGAUCUUCAGGGCCAAAGGGAGACAGAGGAAGAAAUGGACUGAGCUACCCAGGACCACGUGGACCUAUGGGGGAUCCUGGUGGCAAAGGCAGUGUUGGACCACAAGGUGGAAGAGGUGAUCCAGGACCAAAAGGAAGCCCUGGUGUUAAAGGAAAUGAUGGAGAUCAAGGUGAUCAAGGCCCAGUUGGAGAGCCAGGACCAAGAGGCCCUUUUGGAGACAAAGGAGUACAAGGAGAUCAAGGUCAUCCGGGUGAUCCAGGACUCUCUGACUGUGAUGUUAUGACUUAUGUCCGAGAGACUUGUGGAUGCUGUGACUGUGAGAAACGAUGUGGUGCUCUGGAUAUUGUGUUUGUGAUUGACAGCUCUGAAAGUGUGGGUCUUACCAAUUACACACUGGAAAAAAACUUUGUUAUCAACACUGUUAGCAGGUUGGGUUCCAUGGCCAAGGAUCCUAAAGCUCUAACAGGCACUCGUGUUGGAGUUGUUCAGUACAGCCACAAAGAUACUUUUGAAGCCAUCCUACUCGAUGACCCACGUAUUGACUCACUUCCUUCCUUUAAAGAGGCUGUUCGAAAACUACAGUGGAUUGCUGGUGGCACAUGGACCCCCUCUGCCCUUGAGUAUGCCUACAACCAGAUGAUUAAACACAGCCGACGUGAAAAUUCUAUGGUGUUUGCUGUGGUCAUCACUGAUGGCCGCUAUGAUCCAAGAGAUAAUUCUGCUCUUUUGCCAUCUCUUUGUGGUAAAGGCAUCAUUGUACAUGCAAUUGGAAUAGGUGACAUGUUCCAGAGAAAACAAGAAAGUGAGAGUUUAAAGGAUAUUGCCUGCCCAAAUGGUAACAUUACUGAGAUGACUCACUUUGUAGAUCUGGUUGCUGAAGAAUUCAUUGAUGCAAUGGAAGAAAGACUUUGUCCAGAUCCAGUUCUUGUGUGUCCAGAUCUUCCUUGUAAGACAGAUGUGGUCGAUGACUGGAAUGAUCCCCACUUGCCUCCUGCGGAAGAGGGGAUCACACCUGUCCCCAGCUCUGCUCCUGAGGUCUCACAGUUACUAAGUUCCCUGAAGGCUAAUAAAGAACACGAUACUUAUCGCGAGUUGGUGGCAACCCUGGCUUACACUGCCCAGCAAGCUAAGCUUUCCAAUGGAAGCGAGAAACAGCAAUGGACAGAACUAUUCACUGAAUCAUUCAAAAUGCUGUAUGGAAAUAUUAUGGGUGAUCCAGACAUGGCUGUAGACUUAUGCUAAGCAAGAACUUCAAGUUUAGAUUUCUCAUUUUAUUUUACUGGAAAAUCACUGCUGUCUGCUAACAAAACAUUGGCUGAUGUAUUUAAGUAUUGCUGUACCAGAUUGUACCGGCUUAUUAUCUUGAACGUAAUGCCAUAAUGUUAGAAACAAAGUAAAGGGUUUACAUUUCACCAAAAAUCAGCAUUAUUAACAGUGGGAAAACAUACAGGAAGUAAUAUAAUUCCAUUAAAAUGUCCUUUCUAUGAUUUCCUGUUCUCAGAUGGGAAUGCAUUAUUGUCAAUAGAGGCACCUCUAAACCUCUUUCUCUCCAGUGCUGCUCCUCCUUCUUCCUCAGAACUGUUAUUUCUAUUACAUUCUCUGGAUGUCCAGGUCAGGAGCUAGAUUUUCAAUUGUCCUCUCAAGUAACACUGAUAAACAGCAAGCACUCUAAAACCUGGGAAAACACCUAACUAGAUGAGGCUGCCUCCAACAAGCCCUGGAUGUUAUGCUUUCCUAAUCAUUAACUGUUUUAUUUUAAAGAACAGAAAGCCAUGAAACCAAUUAUGUUAUGUAUAAGGUGACUCUGUGUGGCCUCAAUCAAAAAAUGCACAGAGCUCAACAGGGAUCUCCAAACAUCAGAAAGUAUUUAUGGCAUUUGAACAAAGGUGCCAUUAACCAUCCAACAACAUACUGUAUAUCCAAAGGUCCAGUACACUCUUGAAAGUGGGUACUUUCCAACUUAUAAAUAUUCAAAUUCUAUGCCUCCCACCAUUUUCUCUUUCUUGUAACAAAAACCCAGAUGGCAGAUUUCUAGCCCUAC